AAAUCCAUCCAGUGUAGCCCGCCAUCUUGGACGGCUUUUUGAGCAUUUCGUGAUUUCGCCAUGUGGUUUGGCUUAUCAAGAUUUUCAAAGUUUAAGCGAAAAGGUUAGCAAGAAGUAGCAAAAAUGCAAGUCUCAAGCACAAACGACGUCAAAAUCUACAACCUCAGUGCCGGCAGGUCGCUGCCGGAAUGGCUCUCGGAUCGGAAGAAGCGCCUGCUCGCCAAGAAGCAUUCGGAGAUCCGGCAUCGCAUCGAACUCAUCCAAGACUUCGAGAUGCCCACGGUCAGCACGAACGUCCGAAUGUCCAAGGACGGACAGUACGUGCUCGCCACGGGUAUCUACAAACCCCGUGUCCGCUGCUUCGAGGUGUCCCAGCUCUCGAUGAAGUUCGAGCGCUGCUUCGACUCUGAAGUCGUGUGCUUCGAGUGCCUGAGCGACGACUACGCCAAGAUGGUGUUCCUCCAGUGCGACCGGUACGUCGAGUUUCACGCGGCCUACGGUCGCUACCACCGCAUCCGAAUCCCCAGGUUCGGUCGGGACAUGGCUUACCUGUCGGCGGCCUGCGAACUGUUCUUCGCGUGCGACGGUCCCCAGGUCUACCGGCUCAACCUCGAUCAGGGCCGCUUCCUGAACCCCGUCGUUACAGAAGCCACGGCCGUUAACGCUUGUAGGGUUAACGCGUACCACAAUCUCGUCGUUUUGGGCACCGAAGAAGGCAAGGUCGAGGCGUACGAUCCGCGUUCCCGCAACCGCGUCGGGGUCCUAGAGUGCGCCCUCAACAGUGUCACCGAGAACUCCGAGAUCCACGGCAUGCCGUCAGUGACCUCCUUGUGCUUCAGAGACGCGCUUAUGUUAGGCGUCGGCACGGCCACGGGUCAGGUCUUGCUGUUCGACAUCCGCUCGGACAAACCAGUCCUAGUCAAAGAUCACUUCUACGGUCUGCCGGUGAAAAAGGUCGCGUUCCACGGUGGCGACGCGGACGUGGUCCUCAGCAUGGACUCUAAGGUCGUCAAGAUCUGGGAACGAUUGUCCGGAAAGGCCUUCACUUCGGUCACACCCGCUGUGGACCUCAACGACCUGUGCGUCGUCGGCAAUUCUGGCCUCUUCUUCGUGGCAAACGAGGACAAGAAGAUUCUCGCGUACUAUGUUCCGAGCCUCGGCCCGGCUCCCAAGUGGUGCUCGUUCCUGGACAACCUGACAGAAGAACUGGAGGAGACGCAGCAGGACGCAGUGUACGACGACUACAAGUUUGUCACGAGGCGCGAGCUGGAGGAACUUGGACUGGGACACCUGAUCGGCACGAACCUGCUGCGCGCAUACAUGCACGGCUAUUUCCUGGACAUCCGGCUGUUCCAUAAAGCGAAGUCGCUGGUUCAGCCAUUUGCGUAUGAGGACUACAGGCGCCGCAAGAUCCGCGAGACUAUCGAUGCGACGAGGGUCAAUCGUGUCACAAGCGGCGUCAAGCUACCCGCCGUCAACCGGGAGCUUGCUCGUAAGUUGCAGGAGGCGGCCGAAGACGGCGAGCCGGACGGCAAGCCGAAGUCGAAGCUGGCAUCAGGGUCGGGUCUUCUUGAAGACACCCGGUUCAAGGCCAUCUUCGAGAACCCCGACUUUGAAGUGGAUCCGGCGAGUGAUGAGUACCGUCUGCUCCAGCCGGUCGUGACAAGCCUGGAGAAGCGGACAAAGAAGAAGGCAGACAAGAUGGCGGCCUCCGCGGCAGCCAUUGACAUGGACCUGUUUACGCCGGUGGACGACGGAGUGGCACGUGGUGCGUCCAGCGACGAGGACAGUUCGGAUGAUGACCGGACAUGGACAAAGGAGGUUAAGAAGCAGCACAAGAUGAUCCGGCAGAAAGAGAGGACAGAAAUUAUGGCUCCCAGUGCUGGUCCGAAGAUGUACGAGUUGAAGAGUGGCGUGGAGUUGACGGGUCCGCGGAGCGAGUCUAUUAAGAGGGAGAAAAUGUCGCGGAAGUUAACCUUGGGUCAAAGGCUCGAGAGGGAACGGACUGGGGUUGGGUCGGCAGGGGCAGGAGGCAACAGGUCGAUGACGUUCGAGUUGAAGAAGACGCCAAUAGAAAGGAAGCGUGAGGAGGCAGAGAAGAGGCACAUGCAGGAGAGGAGGAAAGGUCGGAGGUCGGCCAAAGGGCUCAAAAUGGCAGCCGUUGCGAAGCCGGCGCCAUUCUGAGAGGUUGGUAGGCGAAUCGGACCGAGCUGUAAAUAAAAUUUUAUGGCUUUUU